CACUCCGUACGUCACAGAGUGAGAGAAGGGACUUUCUUUCACAAUAAUUCUAAAGCGUGUUAAAAUUACAACCAACAAUGAGACGGUAUAAUAACUAACAAAUUAAUCGUUUUUAGAUGGUUUAUACAUUUUUUCCGUUUUGCAAAUUUGUAGCCUUGACAGAUACUAUUUUAUUAUCUCCCCCCCUGAACUCUUUUGUUUCUUACGUGGCUGUUGGAUUAUAUCUAAUCAAUGUAUAUGAUAUUAUAAUAGCACAACAUGCCACUAUAAAUUGACAGCUCUAUCAUUCCAUAACUUCUAAGAACAAAAAAUUAUGAGAAUGCUAAGAAAAGUAACAAUUCGAAUCGUUUCAGACAAAACACACACGAAAGAAAGUUUUGUCGGAUGUUACUACAGAUUUUUUGACAACAUUGUUUAUUCUACUCUGCUCUCAAAAAAGCUUUAUGUAUUUUUAUCCUAUUUUGACAUUCUUCGUAAGGUGAUAUAUUUAUAUUUUUAUCGUCUAUUUUGUUUUAACAACAGAAUCCUUACAACAACAACAACAACAACAACAAAUAGCGACAACAGCGACAACAUCAAAAUCUACUCCUUUAUUUCUACGAGCAAAUAAAUCAAUACUUUUAAAGUUUAUGGAGUAUAAGCAAUGUCCAACAAUAUUACCUACUUUGUAAAUAUAUGUGACACGCUUUUGUAAACAAUGGCUAGUCUGUUAUAAUAAUUUUAAACCGUUGUCACAUUCAAAUUAUUAAAUAUGGAAAUUUCGUGAUUUAUUAUGUACCGAACCUGAAAUUAGAAAAAUUAUUUAGAAUAACUGGAUACGUAUUAUAUUUGUUGUUUGUUUUGUUGUUUAAAAAAAAAACAUCUUUUACCAGUUUACACAAAAUUAUUCCUUGGGUCUCUUUUCGCUCCCGAUAUCAAAGAAGUGAAGGAGGUACUAGUGACGAGGUUGUAAUAUUUAAACAUGCAAGUUUAAUUAAUUUGAAAAUUAAGAAGUCACAUACAAUGACUUUGUCUCGGUUGUAAGAUGUUUGUUUAUAAAAUCAAGCGAUUAAAAUUCUGUAUAAAAUAUGUUUUUAGACAUAACAUUAAACUGUAAAAUGUGUACUUUGACCACUUCCCAAAACUGCAUGCUGUGAACAGAAAAUUCAGCAGGUAUCAAAUAGCAUAACAAGACUUUUUUUUUAUUUAUCUGUGUAGACACUUCAAGAAGACAUCAUGUUAAAACGCUUACUGAUCACUUCUAUUUUCUUCUCCGCUUGGUUGCAAGUGCGUUAUUGCGAGGAGUACCAUGUGGCUGCGGGUGGUGAAGACAGACCAUUUUGUGGAAGUAAAUGGAACAAAUGCAAAACUUUAAAACACACUAUAGAAACCAGACUAGCAAGUGGAGACACGAUAACGUUGGAUGGUGCUGCAGUUUACAACGAAGAUGACCCGAUCAUAGUUACAAAGAAUUUCACCUUGCAAGCUUCAAAAAAUAUGAAUUUAAAACCUGUUAUUCACGUUUCAUCGAAAAAAAAGCUCUCCAGACUUUUCAUUUUUCCACAAAGCGAUCGCAUAGCUAUCGUUAUAGAAAGAGUCAUAUUUUGGGAUCUUUCACUAGCGGAAAUACCUAAACAUGGUAGCAUAACUGCAAAAGAUUGUCUUUUCAGAGAGUCCCAAAACUCUGUUUUUGGUGGGAAAAUGUCAGGGGAUGUUAGCAUAUACGUGUUGCGAAGCGAAUUCUCUGCUUGUCAGUCUGUUUUAAAAGUUGGAGUUUUUGGAAAUUUGAGAAUCAACUUAGAAUCUUGCCAUCUUCACGGUGAUUUUAAAAAGCCCAGAUCAAGCAGAGGUGUGCUAAUAUUAUCAAAAAACCGAGGAGGAGAUUCGCUACAGUUUAUUUCAAACGGAACAACGUUCAGUUGGCUAACAUGUGCAUUGAUCGUUCAAUUAUCUGUACUACAAAAAAACGCGAAUAUGCACGUAUAUGAUUCCCAUUUCCUUGAAAAUUCAUACGAUGGCUCAUUUUCCUCUAACAUUGGUUCAGCAGUUACCGUGCAUGCAGGGCUUAAAUCAUUUCAUAUUGAGAAUACCAUUUUCGAGAAAAAUGAAGGUAUUAAAGCCGGUGCUCUGUAUUUAAAAUAUAUAGUCGCUUACUUAAGGAACUGUACUUUUUUAUCAAAUAAAGUAGCUAUGUACGGAGCUGGCUGCCUGUUGGAAGUUUCAAAAGUGUACAUUUAUGAUUCAAAAUUUGUGAAUAACUCAGCAACUUAUCAGUAUUUAGAAACACGUGACAAUCUAAUCACAGGACAGGGUGGUGCUAUUGCAAAUCGAAAUGAAAGUACUUUAUACAUAUACCAAAGUAAUUUUACAAAUAAUUCUGCUUUUCUGUUUGGAGGCUCGAUAUAUCAUGUUGGUGCGCAUUUAGGAAUAGAUGAUUCUGUUUUUGAUGGACCGGGCACUGCUACCGAACCAUCGUUACACGGCAGUUUGUUUUAUUCAACUCAGAACACUAACGUUAACAAUUGUUCAUUCAAAACACGUCUAUCAAAAAGUUUACGCUCUGUGAUCUUUCAAUCUGGAUCCAGUUACGAGCAAGUAAUAGAGUUAAAACUUCCUUUUGAGUUUAGUUGUCAACCUGGCCAUAAAAUUAUGAGGGCAUUCAACACUGCUCCGAAGCAAACGCGUUUUGAUUUGUUUAUGUAUUUCUGCGAACAAUGUCCCAGUCAAUCUUACAGCUUAGAAACAGAAUAUUAUCGCCGCACGUCCAAAGGCGAACAUACUAGCAAUAAUAUAACAUGUAUCAAAUGUCCUCAAGGCGGAGUGUGUGAACAAGGUAAAAUAAAAAGUUUACCGAAUUUCUGGGGGUGGCGAUCGGAGAAAACAGUUGCGUUUAUUCCGUGUCGCUCAUCAUCAUACUGCUGCAGUGACAAAAACGUUUGCAAAACUUAUGACUCAUGCGAUCGUGAUCGUACAGGAAUCAUGUGUGGACAAUGUAGGGCAGGCUAUACUGAAAGUAUUUUCUCGAGAAUUUGUGUUCCAAAUAAAGAAUGCUCUGGCAUUUGGCUAUGGAUUGUUUUCUUUUUUAUUUCAUUGUGUUAUGUUUUCGUUUUGAUAUUCUUAAAAGAUAUUUUUAGUUGCUUAAAACGUGUCGUGGACUUACCUGUAAACAUAUUUAAAAAAAUAGAGCGUAAGCGACUUGUUGUCAUCGACAAAAACGGAAAUAUCGAAGAUGUUUUUGACGAUGAAGAUUACGUCAUCGUUCAUCGUGAUCAAGACUAUUGCGACCAGGAACCAGAAUUGACUCAAUCAACAGAAAGCUCAAUUCAGCAUGAUUUUCAAUCCUCUUAUCAACGUUAUGCGCUUAUGGAUGAUGACUCAGCAGAUUCUGUGUCGCUACUAACACUCGAAAACAAACUACCCAAUCGCGUCAAACGCAAAUGGUAUAGUUAUGUCGCAGGAGUAGUCAAAAUUUUGAUGUUUUUUUAUCAAAUGCAGUUUUUGAGCAAAGUUCCAAGCACAUUAGAGGACUCCUAUGAUUUGCCCGGACCUCGUUUAUUGAAAGAGUUUGUCACUGGCAUAUUUACAUUACAAGCCUUUAGCGGUAGAGAUUCCAUAUUUCAUACUUGCUUAGUCAAAGAUUUAGACCCGCUGGGUAAGCAAGUUUUGAAAAUCAUGUUUAUCAUAUUUCUAAUGGUUUUAUUACAAGUGCUCUAUAUCAUAUGGCGAAUUGUCAAAGGUAUUCUAUCAUUCUCUCAGAACAAGAAGGAGACAACACAAGCAAGCAUUCCAUUCAACUUGCGCUUAAAAUGUUGUUUUUUACAGUUGAUGUUGUUUGGGUAUUCCAUCUUAGCAAUCGGAACGUUUCAACUUGCGUAUUAUGUCAAUAUCAAUGGUGUCAGUUACCUGUAUGUUAAUGGUCAAAAGCUUCGUUAUCCCUUGUGGUACAAAUUCAAUAUAUUUAUCGUAGUGUGUUGGACCAUACCUUUUGCGAUGGCGUUAUUUUGUGCAAAUAAAUUAUUACGCGUAAAGCGUAUCACAGUUACACAGUUUUUUGUUAUUUUAACAUUUCCACCCAGUCUCGUUUACUUUUUAUGUCGCACUUUGGUUAACAGAGACGAUAUUGACGAAACAGAAGUAGAAGCAACAAACCGGGAACAAAUUUUGUUAGUUCUGGAGGAACCUUUCCAUAAAGUAACGGAGAAAAAAAGUGCAUGGUAUUGGGAAGCAGUUCUCAUGUACAGACGGUUGAUCCUUAUUGGUAUUUAUGUGUUUCUUAUUGACCCGAUAACCCGAUUAUAUGUAAUGAGUUUGCCGAUUAUAGUUUUUCUCAUCAACCACCUACGCACGAGGCCAUACAACAGCCGGUUUUUGAAUUGGCUAGAAACUUGUUCACUUAUGAGUUUAUGCCUACUUGUGGCGUUAAAUAUGUUUUGGGCGUACAGCUACACGACCGCUAUUGUCGUUACAAAGUACAUGGGAAUUCUGGCUCAUGCUUUUUUAUACGUGGAAACAUUCAUUUUGUUAUUUCCCAUCAUCGUGUUGGCUUUGCUCAUUUGUUUUAUGGUUCUUCAAGCAAUUUAUCGUUGUUUAAAAACCUAAAGUUAAAUUGUUGUGCAAGACUGUGUAAUGCAAGAAGGAUCGACAUUUUUGAAAUAAACACCACGGGAGAUUUUAAUGUUUGGGUUUAAGUUUAAUGGUUUAAUGGGUUUUUAAUUAAUUGGGAGGGGGCGCUUACUUGAGGCGUUAUUUUAAAAGCAAUUUUUUUUAAAUAUAACUUUUUCUUUUUCUGAAGAAUUUUCAUUUCAAAUCGUAAAAGUGGCAGAAAAAAGUUUGAUUUUGCCAUACGUGCAAAACAAAGAGUGAUGACGACAAUCGAAGCUAACUCCAAAAAUCUGUUCUUGCUAAUUUUAGCGCGGAUUUAAUUUGGUGAUAAAGGCAAUUUCAAAUUAUAAUCGCCAACUUCGUCAAAAUUUUCCUGCACCAAAAUUUGUACGAAUAAGGUAAAUAACAACCCUGGGUUGCUUAGCCGGGAGAGAUUUUUCCAUGUGGUAGACUUGGUAUUCAUCGCUCAUUUAUAAUCUAAGUUAAUUAGUGAUGUAUAUAUCCAACCUUGAUAGGCAUCAAAUAAAGGAUUUAUUGAGUUGUGUUUUAAUACAUUAUUCUUAGUCGAUUGUAAAUAUUAUCAGUAUUAUAGAUAAAAAAAAUGCACAUUUUCGUCCUUA